AUGGCGAGUUCAGUGGAGAAGGAGGGUUCUGCUGCUGUGGCUGCAGCUGGAGCUGAGGAGCCUGUUUCUUUGGAGCUUCCAGCUCCAUCUGGUUGGACGAAAAAGUUCUUUCCAAAAAAGUCUGGAACUCCGAAGAAAAAUGAGAUUGUGUUCACUGCACCAACAGGAGAGGAGAUCCAUAACAAGAGGCAGCUGGAUAAGUAUUUGAAAGCAAACCCCGGUGGCCCAAGCAUCUCAGAAUUUGAUUGGGGAACUGGCGAGACUCCAAGAAGAUCAUCAAGAAUCAGUGAGAAGGUCAAGGCAUCUCCUCCGCUAGAACCAAAAAGUGAGCCCUCUAAGAAACGUUACAAAAAGUCAUCAGCUUCAAAGAAAGAAGCUUCUGAGGAAGAAGAGGAGACAAAAGAUGAGGAAAUGCAAGAAGCCGAUGAAACUAAGGAUGGUAAGGAUUUAGAGCAGGAAAAGGAAGUUGUUAACGAAGAUCAAGAUGUUAAGGGACCAGAGGAUGCAGAUGUCCAAGAGUCCAUUAAACCUGAAGAAAAUACUAAUAUAGCAAAUGAUGAGGGGAAAUCCAACACUACUGAUGGAGAGUUACAAGCUUCCAAAGAGAAAAUUGAUGACAAAGGAGCUGAGGGGUCUGAAGCUGUUCAGGAUAAGGAUGAAGAAAUGAUUGAACAACCACAGGAGGAGACGAACCAAGCUGCUCAGAUUGAGGAAGAAAAGAUUGAACAACCACUGCCACAGGAGGAGGCAAAGCAAGCUGUUCAGAAUAAGAAUGAAGAAAAGAUUGAACAACCACAGGAGGAGACGAAGCAAGCUGUUCAGACUAAGGUUGAAGAAAAGAUUGAACAACCACAGGAGGAGACGAAGCAAGCUGUUCAGACUAAGGUUGAAGAAAAGAUUGAACAACCACACGAGGAGACAAAACAAGAUGGCGGAUCUGGGGAAGCAGAGAAACCAGAAGCCACCCUUACUGCUGAGAAACCAGCUGAAGUGGAAGGGGAAAUCAAAGAGGAAGAUAACAGAAUCACUCGUGAGGCUGAAGGAGAAAUCAAGGAGAAGGAAGCAACAAAAGUGCACGGUGAAGAAAAUUACAAGAUUCAUGAUAUCAACAAGACUGAGUCAGAGGUGACUGUGAAUGGAAGCUGA